CCCAGCUGUUUCCUGUCUACAGUGUCUGUGUUUUGUAGAUAAAUGUGAGGAUUUUCUCUAAAUCCCUCUUCUGUUUGCUAAAUCUCACUGUCACUGCUAAAUUCGGAGCAGAUAGAGCCUGCGCAAUGGAAUAAAGUCCUCAAAAUUGAAAUGUGACAUAGCUCCUCUAACAUCUCCCAUCUCUCUGGAUUUCUCUUUGCCUCGUUAUUCCUGCUCACCAAUUCAUUUUCAGACUUUGUACUUCAGAAGCAAUGGGAAAAAUCAGCAGUCUUCCCACUCAAUUACUCAAGUGCUGCUUCUGUGAUUUCUUGAAGAUAAAAGUACACACCAUGCCAUCUUCCCAUCUCUUCUACCUGGCACUCUGCUUGCUCACCUUCACCAGCUCCACCACAGCUGCACCGGAGACCCUCUGCGGGGCUGAGCUGGUGGACGCUCUUCAGUUCGUGUGUGGACCAAGAGGCUUUUACUUCAACAAGCCCACAGGCUAUGGUUCCAGCAUUCGGAGGGCGCCGCAGACAGGCAUUGUGGAUGAAUGCUGCUUCCGGAGCUGUGAUCUGAGAAGGCUGGAGAUGUACUGUGCCCCCCUCAAGGCUACGAAAACAGCCCGCUCUAUCCGUGCCCAGCGCCACACUGACAUGCCCAAGACUCAGAAGUCCCAGGCCCUAUCUACAAACAAGAAAAUGAAGCCCCAAAGGAGAAGGAAAGGAGGUGCAUUUGAAGAACGCAAGUAGAGGAGGCACAGGAAACAAGAACUACAGGAUGUAGGAAGAACCUCCCAAGAAGCAGAAAAUUAUGCGUCAUGGCAGGAUCCUUUGAUCUGCAUGAACAACCUGCAAAACAUUGGAACACCUACCAAAAUAAUAAGAAUAAUAAGUUCAAUAACAUUUCAAAGAUGGGCAUUUCCCCCAAUGAAAUAUACAAGUAAACAUUCCAACCUUGUCUUUAGGAGUGUUUGUUAAAAACUUUGCACCUUGCAAAAGUGGUCCUGGAGUGGGUAGAUUGCUGUUGAUCCUUUAUCAGUAACAUUCUAUAGAGAAAAAAAAUAUAUAUAAUUAUAUCCCUAGUCCCUGCCUCUCAAGAGCCGAAAAUGCAUGGGUGUUGUACAGAUCCAGUUGCACUAAAUUCCUCUCUGAAUUUUGGCUACAGAAGCCAUUCAUUCAGCAACUGUGCAUACGUGGUUUAUGAAUUGCUCUCUUAUUUUUACUUUUCCCCAAUAGCUCAAGCUGCUUGUUUUACAGAGUGUAAUAAUCUUGUCUAUCUCCAUUAGCCCUUUCUCUGACACUGGUAUUUGUUGAAUUUGGCCUCCUCAAAAGCAAUAGCAAGUAAGUAGUCAACUGGCCCACCAAGUUUUAACCCACCUGACUUCAUCUGUGGCAUUUGUACCAAAUAUAAGUUGGAUGCAUUUAUUUUAGACACAAAGCUUUAUUUUUCCACAUCAUAUGACAAGAAAAAAAAUUAGAAGGACAAUAACUGCAACUUUGAGGCCAAUCAUUUUUAGGUGUGUUUGAAACAGUAUGUCUCUUCAACUCUUGGUGGUUCCUUCAAAUGAUAAGUUAGUAUGUAACUAACUAGUGAUUGCUCUUUUUAUUUUUUCCAUAUAAAGCACUAUGUAAAUUUAGCAUAUCAAUAAUACAGGCUAUAUCCACCAGUAUGUAAAACUCUGUUGUUGUUGUUUUUUUAGUACAAUGGUGCUAUUUUGUAGUUUGUUACAUGAAAGAAUCUGGUCAAAACGGUAAAAGGUGAAAGCAAAGCAAAGAUGAAAGCCUGGAGCCUAAGAUGACAAAAAUUAGAAAGGGAACUGGAAAAAAAAAAUUAAAUCCAUCCUCUUGGGAGACAAAAUGCCUUCCGAGAGGAAUUUAAGAUAAAGUCCACUAAGACACACUUGGUGAGUGUGUCCAGAGAGGAAGCUAUGGCGUAAGAAAAGCAAGAGGCUAGGGAUUUGAGGAGUCCUGGUUCCUUUUUAUCACCGAAGAAACAAGGGUUGCAACAAGGACUCACUACCAUGUGACCUUGGUCAAGUCACUCCACCUCUCGGUGCCUCUGUUUCCUCAUCUGCAAAAUGGGGGCAAUAUGUCAUCUACCUACCUCAGAGGGGUGGUAUGAAUAUUAAAAAGAUAGAUCUUCAGAUUUUUCCUCUGGGUUUCCAGGAGGGUGUGACAUCAGAGCCCUUGAAUUGCUGAGAUGCAAGGAAUUCUGUAAAUAACCAAUUGACAGUGUAGCUACAAGGAUUAUUCCUUAGUCACUAAGGUGACAAUAUAAUACCCAAGUUCUAAUUGGUGACGUUGUCCAACUAUCUAGCAAAGAGUUAAUGACUCCAUCUCCCCAGCAUGCUGCAAAGUAAGAGACAUUUGAUGCAUAAUUUGGUUUUACUUCUGCAUUGAACUUAUGAAUAUAAAGAUAAAUGAAAAGAAAGAAAAAGGGAGAAAGAGAAAGAUCCUUGCCAAUUAAGGAGUAUUCCAUUUAUCUACUCUUAUUAAUCCUUGUAGGCACUUAGUAUCUAGGAAUAACUCUGAUAUUAUCAAUGAUAAUCUAUUCAGUUUGAAAACCACAUUUUCAUUCCCUUUAGCAUAUAAAAAUAAAUACCCUAAUAAUAACAUCUAUUAAAAACCACAAGUUACUUUAGUGGAUGUACUCUUAUGCCCUUGCUUGUGUAUAUACGUACUUACUUUAUUUUGUGAAAAUGUGCUGGCCAGAAUUGCUACUGGAGAGGCAAAAAGUUUCCAUCUCAGCCCCAAGGUUCUCCCUAGUGACUGCUUAGAAGAAAGAAUUCAGCUUCCAGCAAAUGGGCAGAUUCAACUGGGCACUGAUAACCAAAAGAACCUAGAAUAGGUUUCCUAUUUGUGGAGCAAGAUUGUCUCCCUCUUUAGAACAAAAUAUAUAUAUAUCAAAUAUCCAGAUAAUCUUAUUUACAGCCUUUUUCUCUUUUGCAGAUUUCUUAAUAUUCUCACAAAAUGUUUAAGAAAAGCAAAAACAAAAACAAGACAUUUUUAGUUUUCCUUCUGCUGGGUUGCCUCAAGCAUCUCUGAAUAAAUGAGAAAGUGCUGUUUAGUAAAACCCUCAGAAGGAUUCGGUGCGCUGAACAUGCCCUAUAUAUCAUGGAGAGAUGUAAAUAGAAUAUUAGGUCAGUUUCACCAUCUCCCUGUUUCCCAGAGGUGUGGUGGGAAAAGUUGGACCUUCCCAUACCCAAGGUGGCACUUCUGACAUUAGUUCUUGUUUCCAGUGUGUACCUUUUAAAGUUAGUGAUUCCAAGAAAACCUGAUAGGCAGUCUUAAACAGAUUUGUGGGGUUCCUGCCAUGGUUGGAUAUGGUGAUUCCAAGUGUCUGUCACAUAUUUUGUUUAUUUAAUUCUACAAAUAGUCAAAAAUUCUCUCAAUGAUGAAAACUUAAAUAUGCAAUCCUUUAUCCAAUACAUAAUUCUCUCCAACUGAAUCAGAAAUCAACUAAUACAAAUUAAUUAUACUAACACAUCACUAUACUCUCAGAUGAAUGAACACUGUAAGAUAAAUCUACAUAAACUCUGAAAGCCACCUGACCAUUAUAUGAUGAAUCAGAAUGAUUCAAGAUUGGUAGGAAAUGAUACUUCAAAUUUUACAACUCUAAAUUUUGUAAGCUUUACUACGGAGUUAAAUAGUUUAGUGUCUAGAAAUGGGACAACUUUAAGAAGUUCACAAAAGAAUCAUAAAGAUAGGUAGGAAGGAGUUUUCAUUUUCUAUAGGCUUAUUCCUAUAGAAAUUUUAAUUUUUAAUUAAAAAUACUCAGUACCUAGGUCAGAUUUUGAUCUUUGUUACCAAAGAAUAUCAGUUGUUUGAACAUUGUAAGGUGAAUCAGUUCUACUGAAAAAGUUAACGCAUCUCUCCACUAUAAUCUACUUUCCUAGGGUAAAAAAAAAAACACUUUUUAAAUACUCAUCCUACAUGUAUGUACCCUACACACAUGCACACAUACACACACACACACACACACACACACACACACACACGCACGCACGCACGCGCGUGCGCGUACCACCUACUCACCCUAAGAGACUCCAAAUGGAAUAAUAAAAAGAAAUCAUUUCCAUGAAAAUCUUAUUUUUAACAAAGGCAGCCCUGCCCCCUUGAGACUCCUUCCCCUUCUUGGAAUGUCAAUGCAACAUGUGGAAUGUCUGUGUAGAAGAAACCACCUCAUACCCCAUGGCUCCAGGAUUUCUGCUGCUGGUGUGAGCACUUUGAGGGUAUAAGGAAAAGAGGGUGCAGCAGCAUGUUUUGCUUUCCCAUUUAUUCUUUGGCCAGCUAUGCCAAUGUGGUGCUAUUGUUUCUUUAAGAAAGUACUUGACUAAAAAAAAAAAAAA